AUGGUUGAGCCUGUAGGCAAUCAGUAUGUUGUGGCCAGACCGGUGUACUCAGAGAAUUUAUUUGGUGAAGAAUAUGAAAAAGUACACAGAUACCACAAAACCUUUUUGGACAAUCUGAAGUUAUAUUUUCGUUGUUCCUCACAAAAGUGCAAAAGAAUUGCUCUAAGCUUGCUUCCAAUAGCUUCCUGGUUGCCAGCCUAUCGCUUUAAGGAAUGGAUGCUGAGUGACAUUGUCUCUGGGGUCAGCACAGGGCUGGUGGCUGUCCUGCAAGGUCUAGCCUUUGCUUUGCUAGCAAAUGUUCCCCCAAGCUAUGGACUCUAUAGUGCUUUUUUUCCAGUCAUAAUCUAUUUUUUCUUUGGCACAUCAAGACACAUCUCAAUUGGUCCCUUCCCUGUUCUGAGCUUGAUGGUGGGAGAUGUAGUUACCAGGUUAGUCCCUGAUGAUCUGGGCAACAGCACUUUAACAAAUGUGUCAACAAUAGAUGAACAGAAAGUGAUGGUGGCUGCAUCCAUUACAGUCCUUGCUGGAAUUUUCCAGCUGGUUCUGGGAAUAAUACAGGUUGGAUUCAUAGUGAUUUAUUUAUCUCAGUCAUUAAUCAGUGGUUUCACAACGGCUGCAGCUAUUCAUAUUGUGGUGUCUCAGCUGAAAUUUAUGCUGCAGCUAAAAGUCCCUGGAUUUAGUGGACCACUUGCAUUGAUCUACACUCUAAAGAACAUAUUUGAGCAGAUUGAGAAAACAAACAUUGCAGACCUUGUCACAUCACUCAUUAUCCUAAUCAUUGUGUUUGUGGUGAAAGAAAUUAAUGAACGAUUCAAAGCCAAGCUACCAGCACCCAUCCCAAUUGAACUCAUUGUGACAGUCAUAGCAGCAGGUAUAUCCUAUGCCUGCAAUUUCAAAGACAAAUUUAAAGUAGAUGUUGUUGGAAAAUUAGAACAAGGAUUUCAAGCUCCUGUUGCACCUGAUAUAAAUGUUUUCCAAAGCUGUGUGGGUGAUGGUUUUUCCAUUGCAAUUGUUGGAUUUGCCAUAGCCUUUUCAGUGGCUAAAGUAUACUCCAUCAAGCAUGAUUACCUAAUAGAUGGUAACCAGGAAUUAAUUGCCUUUGGACUGAGUAACAUCGUUGGUGGGUCCUUCAAAGGAUUUGCUGCAAGCACCUCACUGUCAAGAACAGGUGUGCAGGAGAGUACAGGAGGCAAAACACAGAUUGCUGGUUUUCUGUCAGCCAUCGUUGUCAUGAUUGUGAUCCUGGCCAUUGGAUUUCUCCUGGAGCCACUGCAGAAGUCAGUCCUUGCGGCUUUGGCUCUUGGCAAUUUAAAGGGGAUGCUGAUGCAGUUCCGAGAAGUGGGCAUUUUAUGGAAGAAGGACAAAUAUGAUUGUAUGAUAUGGCUUGUGACUUUCGUAGCUGCUGUUCUACUAGGGCUCGAUCUUGGACUAGCAGCUGCUGUUGGAUUUGAACUUCUGACUGUCAUAUUCCGCACACAGUUUCCAAAUUGCACUCUUUUGGCUAAUGUGGGAAGAAGCAACAUCUACAAAAACAGAAAGGAUUAUGCAGAUAUAUAUGAACCAGAGGGAGUGAAGAUUUUCAGAUGUUCUGCCCCAGUCUUCUUUGCUAAUAUGGAGUUCUUCAAGGACAAGCUUAUAAAAGCUGUUGGCUUUAAUCCAUUGAGGGUAUUGAGGAAACGCAAUAAAGCUCUGAGGAAAAUCCGAAAGAUGCUGAAGAAAGGAGAGCUACAAGUAACCCCUAAAGGCUUUAUUUGCACAGUUAAUGGUAUCACUGAGUCUGAUGAAGAAUUAGAUAACAACAGAAUAGAGGAACUGGACCAGCCCACUAACAUGGCAGAUUUGCCCAUGCAAAUUGACUGGAACUCCGACCUUCCUCCCAACAUCAGAGUGCCCAGGAUUGACGUCCACAGCAUCAUUCUUGAUUUUUCAGCAGUAACAUUUCUUGAUGUUUCUGCCGUGAGAGUCCUCCAACAGACUUUAAAAGAAUUUAUCCGGAUCAACGUAGACGUUUAUAUUGUGGGAGUACAUGAUGGCUUCCUGGAUAAACUGGAAAGAUGUGUGUUUUUUGAUGAGGAGCUGAAAUCCUCUAUGUUUUUCCUCACCAUUCAUGAUGCAGUGUUGUACAUCCUGAUGAAGAAGGACAUGGCCACUUCACCAAAAUUCCAGACCAACAAGGAGAAGGGAAGUUAUGAUCACUAUAUCAUCAACACAGAUGGAGGAUUACGUAGCCGGGAACACAUGUUUCCAGGAGAAACAAAAUUCUAA